GUGUCACAUUCCUGUGGUAACUGUGAUUGUUGAUUGGUCAGAGCUUUAGUGUUUUGUUUACUUUUUCUAAAAAAAAAUAAAUCAAACUUUAGAAGUAUUUAGAACAUUGAACAUUACAAUGACACCGUAAAUAUUCUUUAAAAAACCCUAGUUUUUGUCAAAAUGUCACUCGUGGCAGAUUAUGGUCAGUCAUCAAAUAGUUCAGAUAGUUAUGAAUCCGACAAUGAAGUAAGCAAAACAGAAGGAAAUCUAACUCCUUUCAAGUUGCCCACGCCAAACUUUGAAGGAGGAAGUUUUGCUGAGAAUGAAACCAAAUCCUCGGUGUUUACAAAUCCUUUUAUUGAAGCUGAGCAUGCCAAAGAAGCCAUAUUACAAAAGCAUGUGAAAAUGAUUGACGCCAAAGAUGUUGUGGUGAUUAAUGGUAAAAAAAUAUGUUGGAACUAUCGCAAAGGAAGAUGUCGAUUUGGCCAUAAUUGCAAGUAUGCUCAUGAUUCUGAUGUUCAGAAGACAGAUGCGCAAUUAGAAGUGGAAAAAGAAACUCUGGCGACCAAAGGCAUAGUGUGCCACAGCGGAGGAUCAAAUUCUUCAUUGGCACGGCCCACACCACAAGAAUUAGAGGAGAUUAAGGAAGAAAACUCAACUGACAAAAGAAAGAGAAAAAGGUUGGGAUUAACGCAGGGUCUGGUGCCUGGCAAGAAAGUGAUGAAGCAUUACUUGAGUCACAAAAGUUGAUUGUUUAUUUUGUAUUUUGUUCCAAGAGCCAUUGAAAUA